AUGAUGCACUCCGAGGCUGCGGCCAUGGGGGCCCAGGACGCCCGCGGGCACGUCCAGGCGGCCGCGAAGGGAGCGGCGACGGCCUCCAGCGCGCUGCCUUCGCGCGCCCCGCCAGCACCGCCCGGCGCGCGCCCGCCGUCGCACCCGGCGGGCGGAUCCGCGCACGCCAGGUCCGAGUUCGUGUCGGACGCGCAGCUCGAGUCGGCCGUCACCCGCCUGGGCACCUCCUCCCGCCACUCCCAGCACUCGGGCGACAGCCGCGCGUCGUCCCUGCGCGGGCCGGGGGGCCUGCUCCCGCUCGUCAAGAGCUCCAUCGACCAGCUCCUGCGCGGCGUGAAGGAGUUCAAGACGCUCGGGGGCCGCACGGACGCCCGCGCCAACCACCGCCGCGGCAUGUUCGCCGCGCUCGUCCUGCUGACGGGCGAGGCCAUCGCGGAGGCGGAGCGGGAGUUCGAGGCGCAGGGCGGCAAGACGAUGGACGCGCGCGUCGGCGCGCAGGAGCUCUCGACGUUCCAAGUGAAGUACGUCGAGGUGGCGGGCAUGUUCCGGGACUUCUGCGGCGGCGCGCUGCCCGUCGACGUCGUGGGCAACGACGGAGCGAUCCCGGGAUCCGGCUCCACGCCGUCCCCGGCACGCGCCGGCCAGCUGCACCUGGACAAGCCGCGCGCCCUGACGCCGCAGGACCACUGCAGCAUCGAGCGGUUUUUCUCAGGGCAGGUCGACACGUCACACGCGCCGAGUCCGAUCGGGACGGACCCGGCGUCGGGGUCGCCGCUGACGAGCCCGCGCAGUCCCGGCACGUCCGGGGCGGAGAGGGCGCAGGGCGCCGACGCGACGACGAUCGCCGUGCAGCAGCUUUGGCAGCGCACCGGGCGACGCGCAGGGCCGCUGGCGCAGCCGCGGAGGCCGGACGUGAAGGCCGGGGCGGCGCUCACGAUGGUCGAGGCCGCCGCGAGCGCGAUGCGGGGUGGGGGGGGAGUAUCCGGGUCCGCGGGGUUCGACGCUGGAGGUGGGCGCGGACCCCUUCUCGCCUCAGGGCGACGGCGGUGGGGCGGCGGUGACGCAAGAGGCGGAGGCGGAGGGCGACGAUCCGUUUGCAUUCGAGGACACGGGCAGCGCCGCACCUGCGGCGAAACAAGCGCGCGUCGCGGAUGA